AUGUCCGACAACGUGGAUUACAAAGCGUUAUUCGAGAAAGACAAGCGACUUCGCCUGCUCGCCGAGGAAAAGAGCGAGCGCGGCAGCACCGGCGCUGGCUCUUCCUCGAGGUCUGUCAGGGCUGCUAGGAAAAGCUACCUAGCCUAUGCAUUUUCCCGGACGUACUACUACAUGCUUCUCUCGGGCAUCGAGUUUGGGUACUUGGCCACAGGCGAGACGCUCGUGUUGCUGCGCAUUCCCGAAGACGAGCCCACGACACUACUCUACCACUUUUGUGGCUAUCCUGUUACUUCACCUCAGGACAGGUCUUCCUACGCACCGCCUGGCGCCACGAAGCCUGCGUCGGUGGCUACGGAUCCUGUCAGCGAAGUGGAGCUGGCCAAGCUGGCAAUCGCACAGCUCUGCAGCUUGUGCAUUCUGGCAUCGAAUUCACCCGUUCGGCCGGAUGCGUGGAUAGCACGCGCCCUGGCUGGUGUGGCUACAUACCCCGAAUCGCCAUCCUCAAUCACCGGAGACGGCGGUUCGAAAGCCCGGAGGCCAUCUCUACUGCAGCAGGACUACACGACUGGUCACACUCUCCCGGCCACAACCAGCUGGAGAGAUGACGAAAAGCGGAUUUAUGCCGGCCUGCAGGCGCCGCAAGGCGUGCUCAUCCCCGUAUUUCUCGGCCUAUUGAAGCUAGUGGUACCAUAUCCACUUCCGGUCAAGUUCACGGUGCUGCCAUACAUGAUGCUGAUGUCGUAUGCAGGCGAGUCAGUCUAUUUUGCCACAGCCGAAGAUGACGACAUGGUGGACUUCAGCCAGGAGGUGGAUCGCACGCUGCAGGACCUGGCGAACUUGGGCCUGUAUGACAGCGACGAUAACGAGGCCAAUGUCACCUGGUGCAAGGACACGCGACGAGUCAUGAAAAUUGACUUUGAGCGUGCCCACCUGACCCUAGGCUCUCACCAGGGCAGUCUUGGACCUCCGACGCCGGCAUCGGCAGAACCAGGAGCACAGCACCUCGCAUUACGCAAGCGGCAGUACAGCACAGAGAGGCCAGAAGUAAGCGUGCUGAAUGCAUAG